AUGACCCUUCUAUAUGAUCAAGGGACAUCUCUACAACUUGUUUGAUCCGUCCAUUAUUUUUUCCUCUUUCAAAUAUUUUUUUAGUCAAUAUUUUGAGCAUUUGGGCCUUUUGACUUGUAAUAAUAGGUGUCAUUAGCCAAAGUCAAAACUCAAUUUGCAUAGAUUUUCAUACUAUUUUAUUUGGGUUGGGCUUUGUAUAUAAAUGGUUUAGAAUCAUUGCAUCUUCAUUCAGAUUUUAAUUAGCAUUAAUUUCCAAAUUUGCUUUUCUCUUAAGUCUUCUCCCUCUCACAAGUUGACUUUUCUUUAGAAGUGCUUUUGUGUUUGGAGUAUGGCAGCACAUAGGCUUGUGGUAGCAUCACUUCUUCUUUGCUGUUUAGCUCAAAUUUGUUAUGGAAAGGUUCUCUUUUCUUCCUUGAAAAGAACUCUUGAUGUCACAGCUUCUCCCAAGCAAGGACAAGUUCUAUUAUCUGGAGUAGACAAAAUCAGUGGAACAUGGGCUCUAAACAAGACAUUCCCAGCUGGAACUGACUCUUCCUACAAAACCAUAAAACUGAAGUUGUGCUACGCGCACAUAAGCCAAUUAGACCGUGCGUGGAGAAAGACGGUGGAUGACCUCUCUAAGGACAAGACUUGCCAACACAAAAUGGUGGCAAUGCCGUACGAUGCUGCCAACAAAACGGUUCAUACAUUCGAGUGGUUGAUCGAAAGAGACGUUCCUCAAGCCACAUACUUCGUACGCGCCUAUGCAUUUGAUGCCAACGAUGUGCAAGUGGCUUACGGGCAAAGCACAAAUGCCAAUAAGAGUAGUAACUUGUUUGAGAUCAACGCUAUCAGUGGACGCCACGCGAGUCUUGAUAUUGCCUCUGUUUGCUUCAGUGCUUUCUCGGUUUUGUCCCUUGGUGUGUUCUUCUAUAUUGAAAAGAGGAAGGGAAAGUCACAGAAGCAGUGAUUGAAUUUGAGUGACACAUGAAAGUACUUUAUGACUUUUACAAAAAAAAGAAGGAAAUUUCAUAGUAGGUUGGUUUUAGUGCUUUGUGUUAUAUUUCAUAAUCAUGAAUAAAUCUUGAGGGACAUGUUUUUCCCCUCUCAAAAGCAAAUUUGAAAUUCAUGUUUUUUAUAUUAGCAAAUUUCACAUCAUGUAAAGCAUCAUCUCCACCAAAACUUAUAAUAUAAGGAAAUUGGAAUGAUAUUGAAUGAUAAAAUAAUUCAAUAUCUAUAUGAUUAGGAUGAGUGGGAGCAUGGACUUGUAAAGUUGGGGCCUAGCACCUCAAUGUGUAAUGAAAAUUUAUAUAUAAAAAAAAUGUUAUUCUUGUACAAA